GCAACGUUUCCCACCUUGCAUUAUUCAAUGAUGCACCACUCGGGCACUCAUGCCGAAGCUAGUGUUUCAACAUGGCUCUCUCCAGUCGUGGCUUGUUGAUGUCCCUUUGCCAGGCACGUCUUCAUAUGCAGAGAAAAGUUUCGCCAAAAUGCACACCCGGCUGCUGCUGGAGAAAGCUGCAGCAGCCUCAGCAUGUCUGUUCCAUUUCUACUUCUUCCAGAUUUGACUGCCACAGCGGAAAGACAGAACAGUCCAUUACACAAACCAAGCGAGAGGCACACACACCAGUUCUGCUGAAAGAGGUUCUGCAGUACUUGGACAUCAAACCAGGCCAGGUCAUCCUAGAUUUGACCUUUGGAGGUGGAGGUCACAGUAAGGCCAUCUUGAGAUUGGUCCCAGGUGUAACCUUGGUUGCGGCGGACCGUGACCCUGAGGCGUUCCGCUUGGCCCAGCAGCUAGCAGAAGAACAUCCAGGCCAGGUGAAGCCAGUGCUUGGACGCUUCAGUGAGUUGAAGGAGCUGCUGGAAGGGCUCGGUCUGGGGAAUGGUAGUGUGGACGCUGCCCUGCUGGAUGCUGGCUGCUCCUCCAUGCAGAUGGACACAGCAGAGAGAGGCUUCUCACUCAGCAAGGACGGACCCCUAGACAUGAGAAUGGAUGGAGACAGGUACCCCGGCAUGCCCCGCGCGGCUGACGCCGUCAACGCCUUGGAUCAGCGGGCGCUUGCGUCCAUACUAGCCGCAUACGGGGAGGAGCGGCACGCGGGCAAAAUCGCGGCGGCCAUCGCGCGGGCACGCAGCGUCCAGCCCAUCGCCCGGACACAGCAGCUGGCCAGCAUCGUGGCAGGAGCGUUCCCAGACUCUGCUCUGUACUCUCGGCGGGACCGUCUGCAAAGGCCCUCGCACAUUGCCACCAAAACCUUCCAGGCACUGCGUGUGUUUGUGAAUGAUGAACUGAACGAGCUGGUGGCUGGACUGGAGGCCGCUCAGGCUGUCCUGCGGCCUGGUGGCCGUCUCUGCAUCCUCACCUUCCACUCUUUGGAGGACCGCAUCACUAAGCGCUUCCUUCGGGGCGAGGACCUGGCCGCCCCACCGCGGCGAAACGUCCGACAGUGGGCCCGCAACCAGCUCCGAGAGGCGGAGGAGGAGGAGGAGGAGGAAGAGGCAGAGAGGGGGAGGGAGAGCAGUCACUGGGUCAGCAUACAGAAGAAGGUGGUUGUCCCCAGUGAGGAGGAAGUGCAGGACAAUCCGAGAGCUAGAUCGGCUAAGCUUAGAGUGGCCAUCAGGCACUAAAGGAGAACCUUUGGCUUCCAUCCAUCUGGUGGCAAUGGUAGCAGUGGUUUGACUGAGCAGAGAGGAGACCUCCACUCUUCUGAGGUCUGUCUUCCAAACCAGCUCUGAGAUUAGCCCCUAAAACUACAGAUUAUUAUAGUUGUUCAUCUUAAAGCAGUGAUUCAGCCAAAAAUUGUAUUUACAUAUAUUUCAGAUUGUUUUGUUGUAUUUCAGUGUUUUAGGCUCGUUUUUCUGUACCUCCUAUAAACUGCCCAGUAACUAGUAUGAAAUUUAUGGGAAAGUUGUGUACUUGAGAAUGAACUGAAGUAUGGCUCUUCAUGCAGAGUCUUGCAGUUUAAAGCAAAAAUCCACCAGUUUUUCAUAAUUCCUCCAUAAUUCAAUCGCUGAGAUGUAAAAAAAGUCAUUCAGGGUGGAUUUCUGUGAAAAACUCCAUUCUAGAGAACCUUCACAACUAGGGUUGAGCAAUAUGACAGCAUUCAUAGUUAUUGUGAAAAAUGUCAUCAUAAUAUGCCACAAUAUACUUUUCUGAGCAUAUUAGGGACAUCGUCAGUGCAUCUAAAACACAAAGCCAACUGCCUGUUUUAUUACAGUAGGAGCAUAAUUAGGCCUGAUGAACUGAACUUUGCAGUGCAGUAUAUGAAACACUGAAUAAAAAUAAUUUGUACUCAAAAUCUACUGUUAUUGUUUAAAUGUAACACUGCUGGUUCUUUCCAUUCCGACUUAACAGAUGUCAGAAAAGGAAAUAUAGUGACCAAUCACUCAUUUUGUAGUGUGGCAAUUACUUGAUAUAUAAUGACAUGAUAUUUAUGUAAUAUGGCUCAACUGUAUUUCCAGCUCAGAUUUCUUUACAGUGGCGGUGAUAUGAACUAGGGGUUGCAAUGUCAACAACACAAAUAAAGCCGAUUUCUUGACUAUCUAAAACCUCCAGUGUGCCUACACAAUUUCUGGGUUUUUGUAUAUAAUGUUAAUAGUAGUGAAUCUGACAAAAAUGUUAAUGUAUUAUUUUGCUUUUUAACACUCUGCAUGUAUCUUUCUACCAUGAAUGGGCUUGAAUACAUUCUAAUAUGUUGUAAGCAAAACAUUAUCUCAAAACAAUCUUAAAACAGGCACCAGAAAAGUUGCUUGUAAUCAUUUCUUGUAGGUUUUAGAGGCCUUACACUCUUCAGACAUCUGGUUCCUAUCCCCACUGUGAAUUCUGACUUUUUAUACAAACCACUCUGAAUGACUUUGUUUAAAUCUAGAAGAACUUUUGAAAAAUCACUGCGAUUCUCGUUUAAGGUGUUAGUAAGACUAAAGGUGAGGUGUAUGUGGAGCAGUGGUGUCCAGUCACAUCCACAAAGGCCAGUGUGGCUGCAGGUUUUCAUUCCAAACAAGCUGCAGCUUGCUUUAUUCUACUCAUUAAAUCAAUUGGUCUCGUUCUUCAAACAGGUGAUCAUAGUUUUUCCCACUUUGCUGGAAUGAAACCUGCAGCCUUUUGCGGAUAAGACAGAAAAUAGAGUAUUGAAAUAAUAACACAGUGGAGUCUUUUCCCUCUGAUCUCUAAACAGUAUCUGAUUUUUUCUUGUUGAUGAAAAUGACUGGUAAAGUAUUGAAAUUGUAUUUUGUGUUUGCUUCCGUUCAUGUUUUCUAAGUGCAAAAUACAGUAAAAUUUGCAUCUCUGCAGUGAAGGCUGUGUGAGUGAGUGGAUAGAAGACAUGCUGAGGAAUAAAUGCAGUGGAGUCGUUGUGAUGUAUCUGUGGUAACACCAACAUGUCUCUCAUUUAUAGGUACAUUGUAGGAGGUGGAAAAUGUAUUUUAAUGUAAUAGGUCGUUUUGAACUUUUUCUAUUGAUCCAGUCUUGAAAUAUUGACCGAAUGUAAAGGUCAGCUAAUUUCACACAUUGUCUAAAAUUUAAAAUAAAAAAUAUAUAUUUUCCACAUCAUA